AUGUCAGCAUUCGCUCGAUCUGACUCUGUGCGUUAUGGUUGUUUAAUUGUAUCUCGUUUAAAUGCUAGUUCAUCAUCAACAUCAAUCAAAACACCAUCAAUUGAAGCAACCAAAACUCAAACGGUUUCAAAUACAACAGCAAGCGGAAAGCCUUCGUCUUCGUCCACUUCUGACGCAUUAUCAAACAAACAACAAUAUGCUGGAAAACCACAACAAUCAACGGGAACGGUAGGUGGGGUUGAAAAAAAUAAGAGCGGUAGUUCAGCGUCAGAAUUACCACCAAGUUCAACAGCAAGAGAACAGUCAAAUCCAACAAAAACAAGCAAUGAAUCACAAAAUACAGAAGGAAAUCGUCCAGUAUCAUUCCCAUCAUCAAGUAAAACGGACAAUCCAAAACAAUCACCACAACCACAUGAAAGGGAAGCAAUACUCAAUUCAAUGGGUGGACGUCUAGCAAUAUUAGUUGUGCUUGGAGCAUCAAUAUAUGGUGGCUUUAAAGUGUUACGCAACAAUCCAGAUGUAAAAAAAGACCGUGAACAUGUUCAAAAUGAAUUUAUAAAAGAUACAUCGGAUAAUCUACAUAAAAAUAUGGUUGCAGAACAUCGACCAAAAGAAUAUGAUCCAAAUGUGAAAAAAUGA